CUUCUCUUUAUUCCAAUCAUGACUACCGAUAAUUUAUUCCAACUACUUGAAAAAGAUUUUUGUCUUUCAAGGGAACAACUCAAACCUAUCAUUGAAGGCUUCAAGUUAGAAUGCAAGGCAGGCCUGAAAACACCUUCUAAAGGGCUAGCUACCAUGAUCCCUUCCUUUGUUACUAAAAUGCCUACUGGUGAUGAGACCGGAACUUUUCUCUCGCUUGAUUUAGGCGGUACAAAUCUACGCAUUGCUGCUGUUGAGCUCAAGGGCGCUGGAAAAUCUGUUGUUCAUGAACUCAAGCGUCGUCCCACGGUAGAACUUAAGACUGGUGAAGGCUCUGUUUUUUUUGACUGGAUUGCUGAUGCUAUUCGCGACCUUGUUACAGUUGAAGCAAAGCAUCUUUUUACUGAAGCCCAAGUCUCUGGUCAAGACACGCUUGCUUUAGGUGUUUGUUGGAGUUUUCCUGUUGAUCAAACUGCUGUUGAUCGCGGCGUUAUUCUCAGAAUGGGAAAGGGCUUUACUCUUCAAAAUACUGAAGGACAUGACCUUGCAGAUAUGUUUCACGAAGCUUUUAAGCGCAAGAAUUUGAAUGUAAGAGUGACUGCUAUUCUCAAUGACACUGUUGGCACACUUGUUGCUCAUGGAUACACUAAUCCUACUUGUCGUAUUGGUCUCAUUUUUGCAACAGGCAUUAAUGCUGCUUACCCCGAAAAAGUGCCUCAAAUUAUCAAAUUGGACUCAAGCAUUCGUGAAACAUAUCCUAAUGAUACCGAAAUGUUGAUUAAUACCGAAAUUGACAUCUUUGGUACCGAAGCUUAUUUGCCUCUUACAAAAUACGAUCUUGCGCUUGAUUUAUCUCACAACCAACCCAAGUUCCAACUGUAUGAAAAGAUGUUAUCGGGUGCUUAUCUCGGUGAAUUAACCCGUCUUAUUGCUAUGGACUUUAUUGAGGCUGGUGUUCUUUUUGAAGGUCAUGUUCCUGAAGGUUUUGAUGAAGAAUGGUCUUUUCCUACCAUGUACAUGAGUACUUUGGAAAAAGAUAACAAGACAGAUCGACAAGAUAGUCUUGAAAUCUUGAGUGCGUUUAACUUUGUCAAUACUCCUACUUCAGAUGAUUUAGCCAUCUUGACACGUAUCUGUCGUAUUGUGUCUACUCGUGCUGCUUCUCUAGCUGCCGUCUCCAUCAUUGCAUUAGUUGAUCAACAAAGACUUCUUGAUGUUGACCGAGAUGAUAUUGUUGUUGGUAUCAACGGCUCCACUUUUGAAUUCUAUCCUCAUAUGGAUAUGCGUGUCAGAAGAGCCCUCGAUGAAUGGUAUGGCAAGGAAACAAGUAGCAGAAUCACUCUGGAAGUAGCGUCUGAAGGUGGUAGCGUUGGUGGCGCAUUGAUUGCUAUGCUGUGCAAGUAACAUCAUGUAUCGUGUUUAUAUAUAUAUAUCCCUAUCGCUGUUUUCUCUUUGUAUAAUUACUUGUACACUUUAUUGAAUCUGAAAUUAUAAUCUCACUGUUAUGCAAAGUCUUUUUUUUUUAAAAA